AUGUAUUCAUCCAAAGUUGCUUUCACUCUUAUUGUUUCAAUUGCAAUUGUAACAGCAGUUCCUCUAGAGGGACAAGGAGGUCUCGGAGGAAUCCUUGGUGGAGGUGAAGGUGGUUUAGGAGGAAUACUCGGAAAUGGAGGAUUAGGUGGAAUCCUUGGAGGAAAUGGAUUGGGAGGAGUACUUGGAGGAGAGGAUGGUGGAUUGGGAGGAAUCAUUGGCCAACUUCUUGGAAGUGCAAAUGCAACAGAUGGACUUUUGGGAAUUAUAAAUCCAGCAGAUUUAUUGGAUUUGUCUCUUCUUGGAGAUGGACUCACUCAAAAAAUUAUAAAUCUUGUGAAAGAAAUUCCAGAAAGUGCUCUCCCAAAAGUUCAAGACAUUCUCUCAAAGGUGGAUAAUCUUGGAGUUGAGGAAGUUCUAUCCGAACUUAAUGAUCUUGUACCUGGUCUUGGAGAUGAACUUGAAAAUCUUAUUUCAACAGUCUUCAACCUUAUUGAACAGUUGCUCAAUGAAGUAGCUGAUGUUGUGAGAAGCCUUUCAGAUGUCUUUGGAAAGUUGUCUGAUAUCAUCGGUAACGACAAACUGACAUCUGUUGAGAAGAACGAUGCAAUUAAUCAAUUGAAAGAAACAAAUGAAAUUGAAUUUAAUACAAUCAUUUUCAUUAUCACUCAACUCCUCAACAGAGAAAAACUUCCAGAAAUUCCACCAACUCCAAUCAAUGUUUAA